AUGAAGCACAUAUUAACGUUACUAGUUUUUAUCCUAAGCUUUUUUUGCUUUAAGGAUAUAAAAUGUGCUAAAGACUCUACAUUAUCAGGAGGAGAUAGUCAUUUAACACCAUUAAAUAAAUAUGAUAAAUUUUUUUUACGUAUGUACAAUAAGAUGCCACGAUUGGAACAAAAUGGCACUGACUAUAUAAAUGGUGUUAAUAUGAAGGAUACUGUAUUUAUUUUAUAUUUCUAUGCCAAAUGGUGUCACGCUUGCAAAUUACAAGGACCAGAAUUGGACAAAUUGGAAAAGAAUUUCGGAAAAAAAAUUCACAUAUUAAGAAUUGAUGUUGACACUAAUGAAGCACUUGCAAAGAAAAAUUUCAUAAAAGCUUUACCCACAACUAUUAUAAUUAAAAACAAAAUUGUAUUAGCAAAAAAUGAGCAUUUUGUUACAAGCAAUGAAUUAGCAUCAACUAUUAGAAAGUAUUUAUAA